AUGUUAGCAGAAUGUUCUGGAGUAACAGCGGUGUUAGACUGCGGUGCAGACCAUUCUCGGUUAUACAGAGACUACAUCGAGUCUAGUUUCCCAUGGGUUGUUGAAUUUGGCCUACCAGACCAUUUUCUUAUUGGGAUUUCUAUACAGUGUUUCAUUCUGUUUCAGUUUAUAAAUAUAGCUGCAACCUUAGCCUGGAAUUACUCGGAUCUCUUCAUAGUUUGUAUAAGUUAUUAUUUGACUUCAAUCUUACAAGGAAUCUAUAGAAAAGUGAUUGAUAAUAAAGCUAAGUUGCAGUAUUUGUCGUCAAGUUUUUGGGCUUCGGUUCGAGAGGACUAUAACCACGCGUCGCAGCUGGUGCGAGCGGUCGAUGAAGUCAUCAGUGGGGCCGUCUUCGCAUCUUUUACCAUUAAUCUGUUCUUUAUUUGCUUUCAACUGUACAAUCUUUUGUCUAUCUCCUGUUUUUAUUUAAUUAAUGAUCACUCAUUAACAAAUUUCAGGCCUUUGGGAGGAUAUGAGAAUGUGAUAUAUCUCAGUUAUUCAAUGAUGUUUGUUUUAUUUCGAUAUUUGUGUGUUUCUCUCAUCGCUGCUCGAGUGCACACAACCUCACAGUCCCUGGCCCCUGCACUUUAUGACGUUCCAUCGACCGUUUAUAACGUUGAGGUUCAAAGGUUAUUGGAUCAAGUUCAUCAUGACACACUGGCUUUAAGCGGUCUUCAAUUCUUUUAUGUCACCAAAAGUCUCGUUUUGACUGUGGCUGGUUCUAUUUUUACAUACGAGCUGGUUCUAUUGCAGUACGGUGGAUAA